GUUCAAGAUGGCUACUUACACACGAAUGUUGUGAAUAUCGUCUUAAUAUUAAAAUGCCACUUCAUUGAGCAGUGGGUCAUUUCCCAUGAAUUUCAAGACGGUCGCAAUCCUGCCAGCUGCAGGGAGUGGCGAACGAUUAGGUAUUUCUCUUCCUAAACAGUACUGUGAUGUCCUGGGACGUCCUAUCAUCGUUCACACAUUGGACAGCUUUCAAAGAAUAGAAUGGAUAGAAUCUGUAAUCGUGGCCGUUUCAAGUGACAGACUGGACUAUAUGAAACAGAUCCUCUCACAAUAUUGUCUGACAAAAGUCAAGCUGAUAGAGGGUGAUAUUAGCAGACAUCGCUCUAUUAAGAAAUGCAUUGAUGCCAUCGGUGAUAACCAUGACAACAAACCAGAUAUUGUCAUUAUACAUGAUGCUGUGAGACCCUUUGCAGAUGAAGACAUAAUGUCACAGGUUGCACUGGCUGCUCAUAAAUAUGGAGCUUCAGGAACAGUUCAACCUCUUGUUUCUACUGUGAUAGCGCCCUCACAUGAAGGUUUUUUGGACCAUUCGCUAGUGAGAUCUAAAUACAGAGCUAGUCAUACUCCACAAGCAUUCCAGUAUUCCGUGAUCAAGGCUGCCUACAAUAAA